AUGCACAGUUUGCGCUCCUGCCUAGUGGAUGCAUAUGCAUCAGCAUGCCUUGGCCCUAGCAGCGAUAUUGAGUUCCUAUAUCCGAACACACCCAUCCGUCUAGACCCUUCCGACUUUCCUGGUAUAAACGCCGAACCGUUAGAAGACUGCAAGGCAUCGGCCCGGUGGCUCGACUUCGAUGGUGGCCACGCAAAGCUCAAAAUCCCUCUCGCAGCACUCUCUUCUGUGGUCCAAUCAUCCGGACCUGUUGAUGCCAUUGUAGGCUUCUCUCAAGGAGCUGCCUUGGAGGCGGUGUUUGCCGCACUAGGUGAGUCAAACGCGCACCCGGAACGGCGAAAGGCACACCAAGAGCAGGAACGACCAAUACCAUGGGAAGCUGCCCAAGGUCCCCUCGAAUUCGCUGUAUGCUUUUCUGGGUUUCUUGUUGCAAGAAACCUUUAUGGAGGCUUCUAUGAGCCACGAAUCAAGACACCAAUUUGGAAUGCUUGA